UUCACACUCCACACUCCUCCAGUGAGCUCACGAACUGAAGCACCAGCAAUGGCCGCCACCCUGCUAUCGUCGGGCCGCCUCGGGGUCCGCGCCCUUCAGGCGCUGUGCUCCGUGCUCGCCAUGAUCUUCACGUCGCUGGGCUACAUCAAGUUCACGUCGGGCCAGUUGAGCAGCGGCUCGGCCAUCUACACCACCAUCGCGUGCUACUCGGCCAUGCUCUGCGGACUCUACUACGUCUUGCCCGUCGGUGUGCUCAAGCUCACCUCGAGUGUGCCGAAGGUGUUGUACCAGCGCCUUGUGGACGCUGUGCUGGCCAUCGCGCUGCUGAUCGCCGGCAUCCUGCACGCCACCUCGGAGGCGGUCAAAGAAUGCUCGUCGUACAACACCAUGUUCGAGACCUACCACGGCUCGGCGCUCUUCCGCUGCGGGGACAUGACCGUCGCCAUUGUGUUGACGUUCGUGACCUGCGCGCUGUUCCUGGUGACGCUGGUCUGGAGCUUUGUGCGUGACACGUGCAAGUCGGUGAACGGUGACAACCUGCAGGCUGCUCUGGCCGAUGACGACUCGCAGGCCAAUGGCUACGCGGUGGCCAGCACUCCCGGCAAGAAGGACGGACUGUCAAGUGCGUCUGCUACCGUGGACCUUGACCUGCAGCACCCGGGACUGAAGAUCGUGCGCUGCACUGGCCGCACGCUGCAGUUCGCUUGCUCCGUCGUGGCGCUGGUGUGCAUCGUGCUGGGCUACAAGCACUACUACACGGGCCAGUACGUCGAGCCCAAGGCCACGUACGCCAUCCUCAUGGCGUACUCUGGCGUCCUGUACUCGCUGUGGCACAUGGUGGCGGUGGAGACGCUCAAGCUGUCGCGCCACCCGACGGUGGGCGUCGAGCGCUUCAUGGACGUCCUCAUCGCUGUGGCGCUAUUGGUCGCCGGCAUCCUCUUCGCCACGUCGGCCCAAGUUUCGGACUGCUCGACCACCAACUCGGAGUUCACGGCCUACCACGGCUCCACUCUGUUCCGCUGCGGCAGCAUGAACACGGGCUACGUCUUCACCUUCAUCGCCGUGGCUAUGUACGUCGUGACCUUCGCGCUGAGCUUCCUCUACCGCUCGACCUCGAGCGAGCGCAACGGGGAGAGCAACCACUCCGCCGAGACGGCCCACGCCUCGGACGUCGGUCAGCAGGUGUAAGUAAGUGAGUAUGUCUUGUCAAGCUGAACAGGCUUCAGUCCCCCAUUGGUGUCAUACCAGGCUUUCAUGUCGGCAUAGGUUGCAGUGGUUCGUCUACUGUAGACAAACUAGUGUAAGACUUGAACGAUGAAUGAAUGCUUUCAUCAGGA